GAUAUAAUUCCAGAUCAGAUUGCUUUGUACGCGGUCUACAUGCCUAUUCUUCGGACGCAGGUCUUGUCGUACGUACACACGUGGAACCAACUCCGUAUCCGGAAGCAACGAGAGAGGUCAUAUGUUGUCUCUGGUCGGCCGUUCAUGAAUUAUUAUCAUCCAGAACAUAUAAUCGACCAUGGUCUUCUCGUACACGAGGAGUCUCUUCAGCAGCUAAGGGACUCCGUACGAGGCUGGGAUAUGGCUGAGUAUCUACCUUCAGAGACUUUGGAAUGG